AUGUUCAACAAGCAAACUAACGCUAUCGUCCUCCUCUUUACCUUCGCUCUCUUCGCAACUCUUGCGGUCGCCACACCCACCAUUGUUGCUCGCACUGGUGGGAGCGGAAGUAGCUGCCCAACCACCGACAUCAAGUGUUGCUCGCACGUCGGCACCUUCUCCGAGGUCCAGGGCUACAUUGACGACGAUACGAAGGUCAAGUUGAUUCCUGCUCUCCUUGGAUUACUCGGUGCCACCAUCGACGUAGUUCUCGGCGUCGUCCUCGGCGUGACAUGCAGCAGCAUAUCCGUUGGCAGUAGCUGCUCCGCCACCACCGUUUGCUGCGAGAACGUGGUCUUCAACGGCCUCAUCAACGUGGGCUGCACCGCCAUCGACAUACUCUGA